AUGAUUGGUGAUGACAUCAUUUUGCCGUGCCACCUGGAACCUGCUGUGGAUGCUGUUGACCUGACUGUGGAUUGGUCCAGAAAGGACCUCAAACCUAGAUCUGUCUAUGUGAGGCGAGAGGGUGUGGAGCUUCUGACUGAGCAGAAUCCUUUGUACACAGGAAGAACAUCACUCUCUGUCAACAAACUGCAGUGUGGAGACGUUUCAUUAAAACUCUCCACAGUGCAACUCUCUGAUGCAGGAACAUACAAAUGCCUUGUACCUAAAUUUAAUGCAGAAACUGUGGUGACACUUGCUGUGGAGUGUAAAUCUAAUGGCUGGUAUCCAGAGCCUCAGAUGUUGUGGGUGUACAGUGAGGGAAAACCCAUUUCUGUUGAACCUACAAAGAAUGUCAGAGGUUCUGAUGGCCUCUAUGCUGUCAGCAGUAAAGUGACUGUGGAGAAAGGACAGAGCUACAGCUUCACCUGCAAAGUUCAACAGAAGAAUAUCAGUCAAAUCAAAGAGACACACAUCCAUGUUUCAGGUGAUCUCUUCAUGGUCCAGUCUAAUACUGCUGUUCACAUUACCAUCAACUUGACUGUCUGUUUAAUAAGCGUCGGGACAGUAAUAUUCCUAAUAUGGAAAUGUCGACAAAAUAAAACCAAAAACAAAAGCCUUGAAGAUGAGUUUCAGAACAAUGAGGAAGACUUAGAACAUGUCCAACAAACCAUUAAAAAACUCAAGGAGCAGAAGACAUCUCUGAAGAACCAGAGAGAAAAACUCAUCACACUGAUUCAGGAGGACAAGGCAGAGAAGAAAGAAAUCAUGUUGGAGACUAUCCCAGCUUUGGCUUUGGAUAAAUUCCACACUGAGACGGCGUUUUCAGUCAAGAAAAAUGGAGCGUUUUGA